AUGUACAAGUGUCAAACACUAAAAGAUGUGUCAUCGAGAAUUUUUGUAUUGUGUAUAAUCCUGAAGACGGUGAGCGGACGAUGGCCAAAUCCAGAAAACGACACUUUAGUCUACAUUGCGAACCCAGUGGAAGCGGAUAUGCCCGGUCACUGGAUGCCGUUAAGCAUCAUGAAGGUCAUCCUAGGCGGUACACCUAAACCCGCUAAGAAACUGAUAUACAAACCAUCCCCUAAAACAACAAAGCUAACGACUACAGAACCGACGAUACCACCAACAACAGCAGCGUUACCUGCGCCUACAACAACAACAACAACAACCACGACGACAACAACAGCUCCAGAACCAGUUGCCGCUCCGGAUCCCCCGACCACAACUACAACGACAGAAGCAACUACACAGUCGCUUACUUCGCCACCUACACAACUGCCUUCAACACUUGCACCUACGACACCUCCUCCUCCCCCACCUACGACAACGACAACAACAUCAACAACAACACCAACAACGACAACUACGACAACUACAACAACAACUACUACUACAACACCGCCUCCACCAACUACAACGACGAUGAAGGGUCCGAAACGUAAAAUUAAACCGGCCACUGAUGGUCACGAAAACAGACCUAAUUAG